AUGAUACCGCCGCGACUAAUCAAAGCAUCGGCAGCUGUGAUAGCUGAGCCCAAUGCUAAUAUGUUUAAUGCCUCAAUUGCUGAAGGUUGCUACGCGAGUGUCUGGAAAGUGAGGCAGGUGACACCGCUGUUUAAGAAGGGUGAUGAAUUUAAAAAAGAAAACUAUAGGCUUGUCACUGUCCUACCUGUACUCAACAAUGUACAUGAGAGGCUGUUAGUAGCACAGCUGAGAGACUUUUAUCAAGUGAUCCUGUCGGAUUCCAUCAGCUCUUACAGAAGGUUCUACAGUUUCGAGACGGCGCUGCUAAAGUUGAUUGAGGACUGGAGGGCUAUGCUCGAUAAAGGGGAAUUAGUUGCGGUAGUCUCAGUGGAUCUUUCUAAGGCUUUCAAAUGUUAUUCAACACAAUCUACUUUUAGCAAAACUCAAAGCUUAUGGUGUGGGAGACAGAAGCUUAGCACUCUUCAAGGAUUACUUUUCGGGGAGACAGCAGAGAGUCAAGAUUGGGGACACCUUUUCCAGUUGGAAAGAUGUUAA